GUUGCCUCUUGGCGUUCGUCGGCUAGUGUCGUCGUUUUCUGGUGUCUAUAAGAAUUUUUGAUCAACAAGUUUUGUGUGUCGUGUAUUUUCCUUCGAAAUUAUCUCCCGUUUCACUGUGUGUGAGAGACGUGAAGAAAGACCCAAGUCGAGUGUUAACUGUUGAAAUCGAACGGUCAAAACGGUGGCGAGUUGAUCGGCCCUGGUAUUUCCAUUUUUCAAGACCAAUCGCGUCUUCUUUCCAGAGAGAAAACGUGUGUGUGUGUUGCCGACUUAUUUAGCUCCAGGGUGACUCUCUCCCCUUCUCUUUCUACAAGAAAAGAAAUUUUUUAUUUUUUUCCAGAAAAUUUACACAUUUUCACGUCGAUUAUCGCAAUCGAGUGGUGGUAGAAUUUUGGGUGCCAAGUUUCUUUCGUGAAAACGACAAGUGCGCCACGUGAUCCUGCGUUGCAGAUGGAAUCAAAACAUUGACCGUCUCACAUUCCUACCGUCGAGUCUGCUGUUCGUUUUUUGUUUGUGCGAAACUUUUUUUGAUUUUAUUUUGGCGAAAAAGCCGAAAAGAAAAAAGAAUCAAAAAGAGAAAGGUGUUGUGUUUAUUUUGGCCGGGUCUUUUUUGGAAACAAAUGGCGGCGCUCGGCCGCCAUCUACUCAACGGAGGAAUCGGAGGCUGACAUUGUGCGAGCGGUUGAUGAACGAGCGUCUCGAGAUUGAAGAGGACGACUUGGACGACGAAAACGGGAGGAGGACCGUUUCUGCUUCUUCUCCUUUUACGAGUCCCUUAUAACCGGUGCUGCUGCUGUUGUUGUUGUUUCGCCCGUCGUUUGGCGAUUACAUCAUGGCCGCCGCUUCUGUCGGUCCCCGCUGCUACUCUUGCUCCGGCUUCUGGACAGCGUCUUUAGUCAUCGCCAGCCUUCUGGCUGCUGCUGCCACUGCUGUUGGUGGUGCUGUGACAAUGACGUCGGGAGUGUCUUUCGUCCGCUCACCUCAGCCGAUCGUGGCGCCUCCCGGCGAUCGAGUCGUUUUCGAGUGCGAGACCAACGUUCCGGCCGAGCGGGUCGUCUGGCUCCACAAUGGCGCCGAUAUGUCAGCUCAUUACAAUAGCUCCAACAGCGGAGGAACUGCUUCGAAUCGGCGUAAAGGCAGGAGAGCCAUCGACGAUGAUGCCGCCUCGUUUAGAAUGCGAGAGGUGGAAGGAUCGUCCAAAUCAGCCUUACAUCUUAUACUCAGGAUCAAUAAGAAUCCGCAUCGAUAUCGACAACAAGCCGGAGACUAUCAGUGUGUUGCAUGGUUUGGUGCCGUGGCAUUGACGUCACUACCUGCCCGGCUGUCCAUCGCCGUCCUGGGCGAUUUUCCACAUUUGCCACCGUCGUUUGUAACGUCGUUGGAAUCCGAGUCAGUUCAGUCAUCGGGACCUGGCCGGCCGACGUUAAGAGAUAAUGGCAGCGGGUUAUCGAGCAGUGGCAGUGUCUACGUGCUGGAAGUGUUUUCCGGCGAGACGGCCGUUCUUCCAUGUCCGCCGCCCCCAUCCGAUCCGCCUGCCACCAUCACCUUUUUCAAGGAUGGCAAGCCCGUCAUCAACAAUGAGCGUGUGAGACUGAUGUUGUCGGGUAAUCUGCACGUCAUCAAUGUCAGCUCGUCGGACCAAGGGCAGUACAAGUGCACGGCAGCCAACCACAUCACUGGCGAGCUAAUCGAUGGCCAGCGCGUUCUCAAGUUGGUGGUUAAAGGAGCCCCGGUUCGAACCAAACCGGCCACAAUCACUUGGCAACCGGAAGAGCGAUACAUCAGCCAGAUUGGGCAUAACGUCACCCUGGAAUGUGCUGUGACCGGCUGGCCGAAACCGCAGAUCCGAUGGAUCCGCGACAGCAACCGACCACUUCCUGUGGGCCGUUCGUAUUACCUCGGGGGAGGAGCCCUGGUUGUCACCGGAUUGAUGGACCAGGACGAAGGGGGUUACAUCUGCGAAGCGUCGAAUGCGGCCGGUCCGCCCCUUCGAUCGUCGACUCUCUUGCAGCUCACCGAACCGGUUUCCAUCGUCAAAUCACCCAAAGAUGCCCGGGUCGAAGAAGGAGCCCGUGUCAGCAUGUCUUGCGAGGCUCGAGGACGGCCGCCACCCCAGCAGUAUUGGGUCUUUAACGGCAACGCCGUCAGUAACGACACUCACGUCAUCAUUACAGAUCAGCAAUUAACCAUCAUCAACGUCACUAAACGUCACGCCGGAAUCUUCCAGUGUUUCGUGUCCAAUUCGCUGAGCAAAGUGGACGGCGGGGCAGCCACUCUGGAAGUGGUGCCCCGAUCCAAAGUCGCUUCUUCCGACUCUUCCAGUUCGUCGUCUUCGUCCCUCACGGCCUUCUCGGACGAAGAAGAGGACGACGAUCUCGAUUCGGAUAGUUUCUUCGAUCCCAUGACUGGAACAUCUCCGCCGGCCAAACACGCCCAGGAUGCAGAGAAAAAGGGCAAGGGCAAAGGUGGCAAAAAUCGACCCAGAGAAAUGAUUCCGCCCACUCGACCCAAUAUCACGCGGUUGACGGACGAGUCGGUCAUGGUUCGCUGGUCGGUUCCGCUCAACGAGGGACUGCCCAUCGAAUUCUUCAAAGUUCAGUACAAGGAAUCGGACAAGCGGGGCUCGCGCUGGAAGACGAUCGACGAGGACAUUCCUUCGCAUAUUCGCAGCUACGAAGUUUCCGGUCUCAAAUCCGGACAGACUUACAGGUUCCGGAUAGCGGCCGUCUACUCCAACAAUGAUAACAAACUGGGUCCCAAUUCCAGCCGCUUUCUCCUGGAGAAAGAGGCGCCGAAGAGGAAACCCGGUUACAGUCCCCUGAUUGAAAUCGCCGAGGCCGUCAGUCAAUCGGCCAUCAUGAUCCAGUGGAAGUAUCCGGAGCUGGACAGCGUUCCUCUAGAAGGUUUCUUCAUUUAUUACCGUUCGACGACCAGUGCCGGAGAUUACACCAAGGUGACGGUCUUGGGCGGCAACACCCGCACUCAUAUUGUCACUCAUUUAUUGCCCGAGACGCACUACGAUCUGAAGAUGCAGUCCUUCAACAUGCAGGGUACGUCUGAAUUCAGUCGAAUUGUGACGGCCAAGACCCAGGGUUCGACGAUCUUCACGCCAUCUUCUUCAACGAAUCGACAGCACAAUGGACCCCAUCGUGACUCGGACAUUAGCAACAGCAUAGGCCCGCUGGAUGUGGUCAGCUCUGAUACGGCAGUCACGAAUGAUACCCUCUACGUCGUGCUGGGCUCGGUCUUGGGUGGUCUGACGGUCCUGGUUGUCCUCCUAGUCGCACUCUAUCACUGCCGCCAGAGGAGCGCCGAGCGAGAACACGAUCGUUCCGUCUGGAAUGGUAAACCGGUGACGAAUGAAAAUGGCAAUACCAUCACGGCCUCGCCCAAUCAUCAGUACGUGCACCACCAUCACCACCACAAGAUGCACAACGGGUUCGCCGAUCAGCACCGGCCGCUCUACUCGUCGGUCGAUGGCGGCGGCCGUGAUCAUCCGGAUGAUCACGACGAGACGGCCGAGACGUCGUUUUGCGAUCGGACGCACCGAUCGUCUGGCGAUCUGCUCCGCUCCACCGACAGCCUCUCGCGCAAUUCGCUGAAGCGCGGCUACAUCCGCAAUGGAUCGACGCCCAGCCUCCAUCAGCAUCAUCCGGCUGGCCGGAAAGUGAUCGACUCCAACACUUUGCCUCUGCUAAUGCACGGCAACGGCAGCCGUCGCGAUCCGUGCCUGGAUGACGCCGAAUGGGAGGCCUCUGUUCCUCCGGCUGACAGCGAGAAAUUCAUCUGAGAGGAAACAAUCAAUUUUUUCGAUUCCAACCAGAUGAUGGCCCCCAGUUAACUGUGUACCUCAAGUCGAAUCUAGAGAAGAGUGCCAACGUCUUGCGCAAAUUCCUAACCGUUUUAAUAUGGAAAAGAAUGUGUGAUUAUUAUUAUUAUCUUAUUAAUUAUUCUUUUGUCUUACAUUUUCGGAUUCGCUCCGACGUUAACUCUCCAGUCCUUCCAAUUCAUAAGCUCAUUAUAAAACGUCCUCCGGACAUUUUCUUCUCUUUGAUUCUUUAAUUGUCUCGUCCCCAUGCCAUCAUAAUCCACAAUUCUGAUUGGUCUCUGAUUAUUCUAAUUUUAUAUUUGUAAAUAUGUAAAUGAAAAGCUGCUGCCAAUCGUUUUGUAUUAAUGUAUACGGACCAACCGACUCGUUGAAGCCCAGAUUUAUGUUUUUUUUUUUUAAAUUGAAAUAUAAAGAAAUCGGAACUCACUCAUUUUUUAAAACCUCA